AUGAGAGUAACAGCCACGUUGUGGGCAUUUUCUGGGAAGUAUGCGGAAAAGUUCGUUCAAUAUGGUGCUUACUGCCCUACUCCUCUUUCACUGAAAAAACUAAUUUCUUUCGGACGGGUCGGGUCUGCCGCGAAAUCCGCUGCUUUUCUGCGUGAUGAACUGGCCGUUCGAAUAGCGAACAUAAUGCAAGAAAUCCACCUUUUACCAGAAGCACUUAUCAGAACCCCUUCGGCUUCAAUCGUGGAGCGUUGGUACGAACAAAGCUUCUGUCAUCUGGUUGAUUACGAAGGAAUGGAGUGGAACGAGAAAUCACUCGAAAAAUUCAACCAUACACUCGCAGAGAUACGUCAUCGACAUACCGCAACUGUUGAAACUAUGGCUCAAGGAGUAAUGGAGAUGGAGGCACAAAAUAAAGCAGAUCCCAUAACCAAUAAUCACAUCCAAUAUUUCUUGGACCGUUUCUUUAUGAUGCGAAUAAGCCUAAGGAUGCUACUCAAUCAACAU